AUGCGAACAAUAUCACUGCUCUGUACACAGUUACCAUCCGGUUAUGUUGAUAAUAAUGAACGAUGUCGUGCUCAAAAUAAUGAAACGGGUCGAAACUGGAAUACCUUCGCAUGGCGUGUUUUAUCACAAACUAUUAAACUUGGAUUCCAGGUAUGUACUAUAAUGAUGGUGACAUUGUCAUUAGUAAUAGAUGUUGUUGUUGUUGUUGAUGAUGAUGAUGAUAAUGUUGACGAUGGUAACCGGCUAUUUGUUUAUCGCUUAACUGACUGA